UCAAAACUUGAUAGCAAUGGCUCAUAUAUAUUCUUCUGCUCAAGGAUGGAACUAUGAUGUGUUCCUGAGUUUCAGAGGCGCAGAUACCAGAAGAAGUUUCACAGGCUUUCUGUAUCAUGCUCUGUGUCAGAAGGGCAUUAACGCAUUCAUAGAUGAUGAGGAGCUCAAGAGAGGAACAGAGAUUUCUCCAUCUCUUGUUAAAGCAAUUGAAGAUUCAAGGAUUUCUAUCAUUGUAUUCUCUGAAAACUAUGCUUCUUCCACAUGGUGUCUUGAGGAGCUAGUUAAGAUCCUUGAUUGUAUGAAAGUCAAGGGGCAAUUGGUUUUGCCAGUUUUUCACUAUGUAGAUCCCUCUGUGGUACGCCAUCAAAAAGGAAGUUUUGGCAUAGCCAUGGCCAAGCAUGAAGACAGAUUCAAGAAUAAUAUGGAGAAGGUGCAGAAAUGGAAGUUGGCUUUGUCUGAAGCAGCUAACUUGUCUGGUUGGAGCUUAGAAAAUGGGUAUGAAUUUGAGCUCAUUCAAAGGAUUGUUGAAGAGGUCUCUAGCAAAUUAAAUCACACCCUUUUGCACAUUGCUGAAUAUCCAGUUGGACUGGAGACUCGUUUAUCAGAUGUGAAAUCACUUUUGCAAAUGGAGCUUGGUGAACGUAUUCGAAUGAUAGGAAUCUAUGGAUUUGGAGGCAUAGGAAAAACAACAAUUGCUAGAGCUCUAUUUAACUUGAUUGCUAAUCAAUUUGAUGCUGCAUGUUUUCUUGCUGAUAUUAGAGAAAGUUCAAAUCAACCAAAAGGUUUAGCACAGCUCCAAGAAGCACUUCUUUUUGAUUUAGUUGGAGACAAGAACAUUAAGCUAGGAAAUAUUUACAAAGGAAUCCCCAUUUUGAAGAAAAGAUUGUGCUGCAAAAAAAUCCUUUUGAUUCUUGAUGAUGUUGACAAAUUAGAGCAGUUACAAGCUUUAGCAGGAGGAAGAGAUUGGUUUGGUGUUGGGAGUGUAAUUGUGAUCACAACAAGAGAUAAACACUUGCUAGUUACUCAUCAAGUUGAAAAAACAUACGAGGUAAAGCAACUACACCAUAGUGAAGCAUUUGAAUUGUUCACUUGGAACGCCUUCAAAAGAAAAUCACCAGAUUUAGGUUAUUUUGAGAUUUCAAACAGUGUGGUUCUAUAUGCUGAAGGGCUUCCACUGGCUUUGAAAGUAAUGGGUUCAAAUUUGUAUGGUAAAACAGUGGAUGAGUGGAAAUCUGCAUUGGACAAAUAUGAAAAGAUUCCCAACAAAGAGGUUCAAAAUGUACUCAGAGUAACCUAUGAUAAUCUGGAGGACAAUGAGAAAGAAAUUUUCCUAGACAUAGCAUGCUUCUUCAAAGGAGAGACAGUAGAAUAUGUUGAAAAGACACUAAAAGCUUGUGGCUUCUACCCAAAAUUUGGUAUUAGUGUACUAAUUGAUAGGUCUCUUAUAACUAUUGAUGAGUAUAAUAGAUUAAGAAUGCAUGAUCUGAUUCAAGACAUGGGAAGAGAAGUUGUAAGAGAAGAUUCUCCAUUAGAGCCAGGAAAUCGGAGUAGAAUAUGGUACCCUGAAGAUGUUUAUGAAGUACUCACACAAAAUACAGGGUCAAGCAAAAUUCAGGGCAUGAUGGUGGACCUCCCAGAUCAUUAUUUGGUACAUUUGACAGAAAACACCUUCAAAAUGAUGAAAAAUAUGAAAAUUCUUAUAGUUAAAAAUGCACACGUUUUUGGAAGCCCUCAACAUCUUCCAAACAAUUUAAGAUUGCUUGAUUGGAUGGAAUACCCCUCAUCAUCAUUACCAUCCAACUUUCAUCCGAGAAAACUUGUUGUCCUCAACUUAUCUCGUAGUUGUUUAAACAUGCAGGAGCCAUUCAAGUAUUUGGACUCUUUGACAUCUAUGGAUUUGAGCCAAUGUGAUUGCUUAACAAAACUACCUGACAUUUCUGGAGUUCCAAAUUUGACAGAAUUAAAUCUUGAUUACUGUGCAAAUUUAGAAGAGGUUCAUGAUUCUGUUGGAUUUCUUCAGAAACUUGUAGAGUUGAGGGCUUCCGGAUGCACCAAACUAAGGGAAUUUCCACGUGUCAUUAGCUUGCCAUCACUCAAAAGUUUGAUCCUUAUAUGGUGUUCAAGCAUUCAAAAAUUUCCAGAUAUCCAAGGAAAAAUGAAGAAUCUUGUAUCCAUUUCUAUUGAAAACAGUGGAAUAGAAGAAUUACCAGCUUCCAUUGGAAACCUCAGUGGACUUCAAGAACUAUGUAUGACAUCUUGUUUAAGUCUCAAGGAACUACCAGAAGAAAUUGACAUGCUACAAAAUCUAAGAGACCUUAACAUUGAGGGAUGUCCACAACUCCGAAAUUUUUUAAAGAAGUUGCAAGAAAUGGGACAACAAGCCCCUACCUUUCAUAAUGUUGAUUCAUUGAAUCUAGAAAACUGUGGCCUAUUAGAUGAAGAUCUUCCCAUAAUUUUAUACUCUUUUCCCAAGCUGACUUCACUAGACCUUUCAAGGAACAAAUUUGUAAUGCUUCCAUCCCGCAUGCAGGAGUUUCUUUACUUGCAGUUACUUCACGUAGACAGUUGCAAGUUUCUCCAAGAAAUUCCAAGCUUACCUCCUGAUUUAAGAUUCAUUAAUGCAACAAAUUGCACAUCAUUGAAUGCAGAGUCAUCAAAUUUACUAUUGAGUCAGGAAACCUUUCAGGAAAGGGAGUUACAUGUUGUGGUGCCUGGAGCAAGCAUUCCAAUGUGGUUUGAUCUCUGCAACAAAGGAAAAUAUAUGACGUUUUGGGUUCGUGAAAAAUUUCCAGUGAUUUCUCUAUGUUAUGUUUUUGCAGUAGAGGGUGAAAUGAAGGAGGGUCUCAGUUGUCAAGUUCACUUUUUUAUUAAUGGUGAAGAAUUGUUUGAAUUGGAAAUACCAACAAGCUUUUCAAAAAUGAUGACAGAUCAUGUGUGGCUAUUUGAUUUGCAAACUCUACCAUCCUUCCAGGGGAAUCCGUGUGAUUCCUACUUGGAUGAUAAUUGGAAUCAGGUGGAGAUUUCUUGUGAGAAAAUGUCUAAAGUUCCAAAUGUAAAUGUUAGCUGGUGUGGUAUUCAUGUAAGCAAGCAAGGACAAAAUGAGAUAAGAUUCACAGACCCUUACUCGGAAUCAGAUUCUAUCACAGAAUCUGAUAACAAUGAGGCUGAAUUGAAGAUGAUCAUUAGUAAUGACAAUUCAAUGGAAGAUUUUCAAGUCUUUAAAGACAAUUGUUGCAAUGUCAAUGAUAACUUGGAAGCCACUGAUACAGAGGAUAGCAAAAUGCUUGAACGCUGGGGAAAUGAGCGAAACAUAGCUCAAAGUGAUGAGGAAAUGGAAGCAUUUUAUGCUUCUUUAGAUAUUGAAACCUUUGAUCCAUUACCUUCAAAAGAUAUCACAUCUAUUUCUGAAAUGGAAACAUGUACCAAACCAAGUGAAGGAAUCCAGAAAGCGUGGAAGACAUUUCAAGAGUUUCUCACCAAAGAUUUUUCUGACAUGUUGAAGCUUGAAAAUUAUAGCGCCAUGAAAGCUGCAUUAGAUUGCCUCUCUGGAUUAUCUGCAGAUGAUGGAGUGUCAGUAGAAAUGAGAUCAGUGAUAAUAGAAGUUUCAAGGGAAUUCACUCAUUGGAGCUGGGAUUAUAGCAAUGCAAGCAAGAAAAUGGAGAUUGCCAAAACCAGCAUGUUGAAAGUGCAUGAAAUAGAUGAGGGUCUCGAAGCUAACAAGAGCCAUUUCAAGGAAGUGAUGAUCACGAAAAAUGAGUUGCAAAACCAGCUGGCUUAUUUGGAGGAGAGAAAGAAAGAGCUAGAGGAUCAAAUCAGUGCGAUUAAGUCUGACAUCAGUACUUUUGAUUCAGCUCAGAAAAUGGCUACUAAGAGAAAGAGAGAAAUUUUCGAGGAAGGAAAGUUGCUCAUAGCUCAAAGAGAUGAGUUGAGAGAACAAUUGCCACUCUUGAGGUAUGACUGGGCACUAGCAAAGAACAUCCAAACAAAUAUCAGUACUGAAUGGUCAAAACUUAGAGAAAAAAUAAAUAACAAAAGCAUAGGUGUUUUUCUCAGUGAAAUGUAGUACGUGAUGUAAGAGAAGGGGGAAAUAAGAAUGGCAAUGAAGUAUUAAACUCAUGAGGUCAAGUUCAAUCCAACUUUAAA